UCCCUGAAUGCGUCAUUACCUUCUGCGUCAGAUUCAUCAUGGCGGCGCCCCGCAUCACUGACGGAGUGGAGGCUGAAAGCACUGAAACCGGCUCAACACAGCCAAAUUCCUCCUCUGGAGACUUCAAAAGACCUCAAUUCGGGACACGAUUCCUAACAGACCCCCGUCAGGUUUUCCAACACAACGCAUGGGACAAUGUGGAGUGGACCGAGGAACAGGAAAAAGCUGCAAAGAAGAAAGUUUCAGAAAACAAUCAUCCUUUGCCUCCAGAGAAACAAGAGGAAUACGACAAUCGGGCAAAUGAAUACUGGAAUGAAUUCUACACGAUACACGAGAAUCGUUUCUUCAAAGACCGUCACUGGCUCUUCACAGAGUUUCCAGAGCUGGCCCCUCAGUGUAAUACAAACCAUGAAUCUCAUCCAGACACUUCGAGUUCUGACAUCAACCAGCAGAAUGGAUGCGAUAAAAAACAAAGCAGGGAUUUUGCGUCUUCGUCUGGCGACAACUGUGACUUUCCAGGCUCCUCUGCUACAUAUCGCAUCCUAGAGGUUGGUUGUGGUGUGGGGAAUACUGUUUUCCCAAUACUCAAGACAAACAAUGAUUCUGGACUUUUUGUUUACUGCUGUGAUUUCUCCAGCACCGCUGUGGAAUUGGUGAAGACUAAUCCAGAGUAUGACCUGAACCGCUGCUUUGCCUUUGUUCACGACUUGAGCGAUGCUGAGGCUAGUUUCCCUUUCCCUGAUGGAACUCUUGAUGUUAUCGUCUUGAUCUUUGUGCUAUCAGCCCUGCAUCCAGACAAGAUGCAGGCCUCCAUCAGUAGAUUAGCACGUCUCCUGAAGCCAGGUGGAGUGAUGCUGCUCAGGGACUAUGGGCGCUAUGAUAUGGCACAGCUGCGCUUCAAGAAGGGUAGAUGUCUCUCAGAAAAUUUUUAUGUCAGAGGGGAUGGAACACGAGUGUAUUUCUUUACACAGGAUGAGCUUCAUGAGCUGUUCACCGCAGCUGGGCUUGAAAAAGUGCAGAACCUUGUGGACAGGCGUCUCCAGGUGAACAGAGGGAAACAGCUCACCAUGUACAGGGUUUGGAUCCAGUGCAAGUACUGCAAGGCUUCAUGAGACACGAGGAAGAUUCCCACCCAAAGUGACAAAGAUUGUGGGGUUUUUCCACAAGACAAGACAAGAGCAAUCGGAUGUUGAAAGAUUUUUUUAUUUUUUCUUACUGGGUGCCAUAAUAUUUUUGGACCUUUUUUUUUUUUUUUUUUUUUUGCACAUUAAUUUGGAGAACAAGUCUCAAUGGCCAUAUAUAUGACUUUUCUGCUAAUGAAUUGUGUAAUCUGAAAUAAGGACUUAUAGCCCCUUUAAAUGACUAUUUUCUGUAGGAUAUUGGGUUUUAAUCCACAGGUUUUCAAAAUAAAUGAUUUUUAUGAC